AUGUCGGACAUCCAGGAGCCCUUGCCAUGGGGGAAGUCCUCCACCACCGUCGCGGUGCUGGAGCAGCUGACAAGCUCUAACUCCAACGUUCUUUCUGUCGAUCCAACCCUGGAGCUGCGCUUCCCAUUCGAGCUAAGGAAGGACAUACCAUGCUGCCUGCAGCUAACCAACAAGACCGAUGGCUUCGUCGCAUAUAAUAUAAAGACCAACAAAACCAAGUACUACACGAAGCCAAACAAAGGAAUUAUGCCACCAUGUUCCAAGUGCUACAUCUCUGUGACUUUGCGAGCACAGGAGGAGGCGCCGCAGAAUAUGCAGUGCCAUGACAUGUUCCUUGUACAAAGUGUUGAUGCCAGCGAGGGCCUAAAACCUGAUGAUAUCACUGAAGACUUAUUCAAAAAGGUUAUGAUGGAGAAGGCAGUGGAUGUGCUAGAACUGCCGAUUGUUUACGUCAAAUUUGCUUAA